GGAGAGGAGGCAGCAGCCCACUGUUCCCCUGGGCCCUUGCCUCACUGCUGCUCCAGUGGCUUGAUAACCACCACGCAGGACAAGAGAUCCAGUUUAUCCACAUCUUCAGUCAACAGAUAGAACCGAGAGCAGGUCGCGCUCACCAUGGCUGACAGGGCCAUGUGCCAGGUGGCCUUGGCACUGUUCCUGAUGCUCGCGCUGGCAGCAGGAGCGUGGGUCGGCUGUCCCAGGGCCUGUCGGUGUUCCUUCGCCAUGCUCCAGUGCUUGGAAAAGGACCGCAUCAACAGCAUCCCGGUGCUCGCACAGGAGGAGAGCGAGAACGUCACGGAAAUCUACAUCGAGAACCAAAAGAACCUGGAGCACAUCACAGACGAGGACUUCAUCAAUUACAGAGAGCUGAAGAACCUCACAGUUACAAACUGCAGCUUGCUCUCGAUCUCCAAUCGAGCCUUCCAAUACAACAUCAAGCUGCAAUACCUGAACCUGGCCGCGAACUCGCUCAUGCACAUCGGCUGGAAGGUCUUCCACUCGCUUCCUCUGCUGAACCUGGUUCUGAGGGAGAACCCUCUAAUUUGCUCGUGUGGCCUGUACUGGCUGCAGCAGUGGCAGAAGAUGAAGCGAGCCGACAUCGACAGCCAGCAGAGCUGCUUGUACGACGGCAGCAACGUUCCGCUCGAAAGCUUCGUGAUGGAGAACUGCAGUGUCCCCGAGGUGUCCAUCAACGCUCCGGUACUCACCAUUAAGGAGGGCGGGAAUCUGACGUUUGAGUGCCAGGUCACCGGCAUUCCACUGCCAAGUAUUAGAUGGAAGACGGAGCACGUUAAUUCCAGUUUUGUUCUGCAGCGUGGGGUCUGGGGCUCCACUUUGGAGCUGGUGCUUCACCUGUUAAACGUGUCAUAUUUGGACAACCUUCACAAUCUCACCUGUGAGGCGGAGAACGACGCCGGCCCGGGGGAGGCGCUGGUGCAGCUCAACAUCGAGUUCCCGGCGAGGAUCCUGUGCCUGAAGGAGCCGGAGCAGCAGCAUCACUGGUGUUUCCCCUUCCGCGUGGACGGCAACCCGGCGCCGAGGAUCAGCUGGCUGUACAACAACACCCCGCUGAUGCAGAACAUGUUCAUCUACACGCAGCUCAUCCCAGACUCGGACGACGGCUCCGUCCAACACGGCUGCCUCUUCCUCAACAAACCCACUCACCUCAACAACGGCUACUACACGCUCAUCGUGGAAAACACGCUGGGCCGAGACGAGGCGACGGCCUGCGGAAAGUUCAUGGAUAACCCGUUUGACCCCUUCGACCCCGAAGGCAUAAUCCCUGUGCUAACCAGCGACCUCACGCCGACUAACAAGUCGAAUGAGGACGUGACGGAGAAGCUGGAAAGCCGCCUGCUCGGGGUGUCUGUCGCUGUGGGUCUCGCUGUAUUCGCUUGCACCUUCCUGCUCAUCAUGGUGUUGGUGAUCAAUAAGUGUGGGCAACACUCCAAGUUUGGCAUCCAUCGGUCGCCUGUUCUCGGGAAGGAGGAUGACUUGGCAGUCUCGCUUCGCUUUAUGAACUUUGGUGCGAGUCUUCCUUCCUCGGAUGAAGGCAUGCUGGACUCCGGGCUCUCCAGCUUUGUAGAGAACCCACAGUACUUCUGCGGCAUCAUCAAAGACAAGGACAUGUGUGUGCAGCACAUUAAGAGGCAGGACAUCAUGCUGAAGUGGGAGUUAGGAGAAGGAGCUUUCGGGAAGGUUUAUUUAGCCGAGUGUGCUAACCUCUGUCCGGACACUGACAAGAUGCUGGUGGCCAUAAAGACGCUGAAGGACGCGAACGAGUCGACUCGACAGGACUUCCAGCGCGAGGCUGAGCUCCUGACCGUGCUCCAGCAUGAACACAUCGUCCGCUUCUAUGGCGUGUGCACCGAUGGAGAACCUCUAGCCAUGGUCUUUGAGUACAUGCGACAUGGCGACCUCAACCGCUUCCUCAGGGCUCAUGGUCCAGAUGCUCGGAUCCUGGAUGAGGUAAAGAUGCCCCCGAUGGGUCAGCUGACUCUGCUGCAGAUGCUCCAGAUAGCAGCCCAGAUCGCUUCUGGCAUGGUGUACCUGGCCUCACUCCACUUUGUGCACAGAGACCUGGCGACCAGAAACUGCCUGGUUGGUGAAGGUCUUGUGGUAAAGAUUGGUGACUUUGGCAUGUCCAGAGACAUCUACAGCACUGAUUACUACAGGGUUGGUGGAAGAACCAUGCUGCCUAUUCGUUGGAUGCCUCCUGAAAGCAUCAUGUACAGAAAGUUCACCACAGAGAGUGACAUCUGGAGUUUCGGGGUGGUGCUGUGGGAGAUCUUUACCUACGGAAAACAACCAUGGUAUCAGCUGUCCAACAGCGAGGCCAUCGAGUGCAUCACGCAAGGACGGGAGCUGGAGCGGCCGCGGACGUGUCCUAAAGAGGUCCACCAACUCAUGCAGGGUUGCUGGCAGAGGGAACCACAACAACGUCUCGUCAUCAAAGAAGUCUACAACCGGCUCGUGGCCCUGGUCAAGAACCCUCCGGUCUACCUGGACAUCCUGGAGUAACGGAGACCUGAGACGGGACGGCUGGAGGUUCGGGACAAAGAGACAAAUUUGCGGAGGAAAAGAUAGAGGAAGAUCCGAGAUUCUGUGUCCGGUCAAACUGAGCGUCCAUUAGGACUUCUGGGAAGGACCAGAACAUUUCCUAACUCCACAGUAACUCCUUCGCAUCCUCAAAAAUCAGGAAAUUAAGCCUUUUGUUUAAGCUAGCGCGAGAAUGUUCAAAUUUGUUUUUAAAGUUGAGGGCAGGAACAUAAUCACCCCUUUAUGUAACCUUUGUGUCUUUUCUUCUCCUAUAAGUACGCAGUGUGGUGCAGAGUCGUGUGCGUCAGAAAGUCGACUCCUGCCUCGUCUCGCAGUUGUGAAUAAUCGUUGUAUUAUAGAGAAACAUGUUAUGAGUGCACUACAAUCGCAUGAAACUGACUUUCCUUAUUCUUAUACAGCACCUUUAUACCAAAUCCCCUGUAUGCACUGCUCACCCCAGGCCCCGAGACUGCGGCUACACACUGACACACACACUGAUACACACACUGAUACACACACUGGUACACACACUGGUAUACACACUGAGACGCGCUGCUCACCACAGGCUCUGGGACUGCGGCUAUUGAUACACACUGACUAAUACACACACCGGUACACACUGACUAAUACACAGUGAUACACACACCGCUUCACACAGAUACAAACACGGAUACACACACAGGAACAGUAGCUGUGUCGAUGGUGUAAAAAGUUGUAAUGUCUGUGCUACAGGUUUGUAUGUUCAUUUUUCUUUUCAUUUAUUUUAAUCUACUUUAGCGGUUAAUCAGCUGCAUUAAAACAUUCUGUAUAUACAA